AUGGACACAUGUGCCUCUGCAAAGGUACCAAUGGGCUUCAGACACAAGAUCUUUGCCGACCCUUCGGGUGUUUCUGUUAAUGAAAAGAAGUAUUGUGGAAUGAUGGGAUCUCUACUCUAUCUCACAACAAGUCGUCCGAAUAUUAUGUUCUCAACAUAUUUAUGUGCCAGAUUUCAAGUUAAUCCAAAGAUGUCUCAUCUUUUAGCCGUGAAAAAAAUCUUUCGAUACCUCAAAGGUACCAAGAGUCUCGGAAUCUGGUAUCCAAAAAAUGAGAGCUUGCUACUUCAAGCUUACUCUGAUUCGAACUACGGUGGUCUUCAACUCGAUCAUAAAAUCACUUCAGGUGGAUGUCAAUUCUUAGGUGGUCGUUUGAUUAGUUGGUCAUCCAAGAAAAAGAACUGCAUUACUCUCUCAAUAGUUGAAGCUGAAUACAUUACUUCUGCCAGCUGUACUUCUCAGGUUAUGUGGAUGAAGUCUUAA